GUUGUCAUAGUAAAAUGAGAGGCUGCCUUGAACAUAAUUUCAUUUACACACAUUCAGAAAAUUGACAUCACGGCUGCAAGGACGUAUAAAAAACCAGCACAGUGCCUUUUGGAUUGACUGCAGGAACACUGACAGGAGCAUUCUACAGGCUCAGCUCCUCUAACGGCACAACAGAAACUGGAUUUUGCAAAGUACACUGAGAAGCUUCUUUUUAUAAAUCAGUUCUGAGGACAUCUGAGAGAUUUUAUUUUGUCUUCAAUUGUGUUUUCAGUUCCUUUAAAGAAGCAUGUGCACGGGAGGCUGUGCCAAGUGCCUGGGAAUUACUCUCAUCCCCCUGGCCGUGCUCUGCACCCUUGCUAACAUUUUGCUGUUUUUCCCUGGAGGAACAGUGGCUGAAGAAAAUGUACACAUUACAGAUGAAGUUUGGUACUUUGGAGGGAUCUUGGGGUCAGGUGUAUUGAUGAUCUUCCCUGCCUUGGUAUUUUUGGGCCUUCAGAAUAAUGAUUGCUGUGGAUGCUGUGGAAAUCGGAGCUGUGGAAGUCGGUUUGCAAUGUUUUCUUCUAUAAUAUUUGCUGCCAUUGGAUUUCUGGGAGCUGGAUACUGCUUUAUUUUGUCAUCAGUAGCCCUACACAAAGGCCCUAAAUGUCAAAACAAAGGAAACUGGACCUACCCCUUCCAUGAUGGGAAUUACCUUUCUGACCACGCACUGUGGGACCAGUGUGAAUCACCUGAGAACAUCGUGCCCUGGCACCUGACCCUCUUCUCCCUGCUGCUGGUGAUGAGUGGGGUCCAGGCAGUGCUCUGUGCCAUCCAGGCAGUGAACGGCCUCUUUGGAACCAUCUGUGGGGACUGCAAAUGCUGCGGCUGCUGUGGGGGAGAUGGACCUGUCUAACAAACAGGAAUUUUGCAGACAACUGUCCUUGCCCUGGAGGAUCCCCUCUGCAGCGCUCCACAGAGCAGCCCUCGAUGCACUGACACUGGCUAAGACGAGAAUGAAGGGCUCUUCCUGCCACCAGUGUUAUGGAGCCCUGACUCCCUUUCCAGCCUUCCUGGAAUCCCUCAACAUGGAAUAAAAUAAGUGAAAU